AUGGAAGCGGAAAAGAUUCAGGCUUUGAAGGGCUUUGUGGAGUGCUACGAACUAAAUCCAGAUGUCUUACACACUCCAUCUCUUGCGUUCUUCAAGAAUUUUCUGCAAAGUUUGGGAGCUCAAAUUCCGGCGUUUGGAGGAUCGAGCAAAGACGAUGAGGACAAUGAGGAUAUAAAGCCAUUUGAUUCAAGGAAGCGCGAUACACCAAUGGAUGAUAUCUCAGAUGACGAGAUUGUUGAAUCUGACGUUGAGUUGGAUAAUUCAGGCGUUGUGGAGCCGGACAAUGAUCCUCCACAGAAAAUGGGGGACCCUUCCGUUGAAGUAACUGAAGAAAAUAAAAAAGCUGCUUAUCUAUUUAAAGCAAAAGCUAUUGAAGCAAGCGUUGAUGGAAAGUUUAGUGAGGCUGUAGAUUACCUAACUGAGGCAAUCAUGUUGAAUCCAAUCUCGCCAGUAUAUUAUGGACGUAGAGCGACUGUCUUUCUCGGAUUGAAGAAACCAAAUGCUGCGAUACGAGAUGCUGAUGUAGCUUUAGAGAUCAACCCACACGGGGAAGUAGAAUACAGAAUACGAGGGCUGGCAAAAGCAAUGCUGGGCUUGUGGGAAGAGGCAGCUCGUGAUUUUCACGUUGCAUCAACUUUGGAUUUUGACGCGUACAAGCAGGUUGAACGCAAUGUGAAGAAAAUUGAAGAGCACAACCGGAAAUAUGAACGCCUGCGUAAAGAGAAGGAAUUGAGACGAAUCAAGCGCCUGAGGAAGACACGUCGAGUUGCUGAAGAUGCUUCUGUUUCAAACGAUGGAGAAAUCGCCCCGAGCCAUUCUGAUAGCGAGUUGGAAGAGGAACCCAGGACUCGAAACUUCUUUUUUUUGAAAGUGGACAUCGACGAGGCUAGAGAGGUUGUUGCUGAAUGGAACAUCAGUAGCAUCCCGACCUUCUUCUUCGUCAGAAAUGGUGAGGAGGUGGAUCAUCAGCUCGUCACCGUGGACAAAAACGUGCUCGAGCAGAAGAUUGCUCAGCAUGCCGGAUUAAUCUUGAUUUCUUGAGUGUAUAGAAUUAGAAGAGAAAGUAUAAAGUGAUUUUUCUUCCCUUUUAA